AUGGCGGAUGAUGAUUUCGGAAAUACAAAAUUUGCCGCACCAAUUUCUCUCGUUAUAUUUUUCACCAUUCCAGGCUACUCUUCUCUUUACCGUCCCCAUACAAACGAAACAGCCCAUAAGCUGAUAUGGCAGAGAGAACUACCAUUGAGAGACACGCUAGUAAUGAGCUGGCUACACCUUCUCCAAUUUGGUUACAAAAUUUUGCAUACAAAUUACAAGUCUUCAUCCAUUGUAGCUCUGGUUGACCGAAUUGCGAAAAGAUACCCGACUGCACAGCAGCAGCCACAGCCGACAGGGUUAAGUAGGCCAUUACCUGUGAUCAGUGACCAAGCACAAGUUCAUCCAAUUCCCACAAUAUCGCUUUCCUCUAAACGAGAAACAGAAACACGACUGCUAAUCCUCAAAGAAGCUGAUAAUACUCAAAAAACUAGUAACUUGACAAAUACACCAACCACAAAAGCACAGUUCGAAAUAAAUCCAGCACAAAGCCACAUUUACCUGAUCUCCAGAGAAAAUGGCCCAGGCCAAGGGCUUGUUAAACAGAACAGACCCUUUAACCAUACUCACAGCACACCUCAGAACCUGGAUCAGCGAGUACCCAGCAGCCAAACCAUUAGCUAUCACCAAGAAACUACAAAAUUACACAUGAAAAGGAAAGAAAGAAGAUCAGCAAACCAAACAACCACCAUAACAAAAGCAGUUUAA